UCACUCCCCAUCCGCAGCAGCAGGACAUCUCCACAGGAGUGCGGUUGUCACCAGACAUCACACAGCAGCGCAAGCAAGUGGGACUGCCAUGGAGGACACCCUCACCUGCAGCCAUGCCACCUUCUCCCAGGUGUUUGGACGCCAGGGGCAGCUCAUGCAAGCCACUGUCCAGUCUCUCAACAGCCUGAACGACCAGAUCGCUCAGUUCAUGGUGACCCGACCCUGCAGUCUGGUUGAUGAGGAGGAGGCCUUCAUCCCUGGAGAGAGGGACACCCUCAGGAAGUCCAUGACCCUGAUGAGACACCUGCUAAUGGAUGCUCAGGGGAAAAUCCUUAAAAUGAUGGAAGACAACAAGCAGCUGGCACAGAGGAUCGAUGGGGCCAUCCAGUCAGCGAGUCAGGAAGUGACCAACCUCCGAUCCGAGCUCUCCGCGACCAGCCGCAAACUGGCAGAGCUGGGCGCCAGCAGCCCCCUGGCGCUGGAGAACCACCUCCAGCACAACCACCACGAUGACAGCCUCCGCUACAGGGAUCCGUCGGUGCAUCACAGGCAGAAGACGGUGGUGACGGACAUGUGCUACCCGACAGAGAUAUCCAGCCUGAUGGACUUUGGCACUGCAGACUGCUCGCUAGGCAAAGCGCUGCUGCGAGAGGAGGUGGUCCAGCUUCAGGAGGAGGUCCACCUGCUGAGGCAAAUGAAGGACAUGUUGAGCAAAGACCUGGAGGAGACGCAGGGCGGCUGCUCCGCCAACCUGCUGUCUGCCACCGAGCUCCGAGCCCAGCUUGGUGACAAGGAGCAGGAGCUGGACCGCGCCAAGGAGGCCUUACAAGCCAUGAAAGCGGACAGGAAGCGGCUAAAAGUGGAAAAAUCAGAGCUGGCGAAUCAGAUGCAGCAGCUGUACACGACACUGGAGAGCAGAGAGGAGCAGCUGAGGGAGUUCAUACGAAACUACGACCAGCACAGAAAGGAGAGCGAGGAUGCGGUGAAAGUCCUGGCGAAGGAGAAGGAUGUUCUGGAGCGGGAGAAAUGGGACCUGAGGAGGCAAACCAAAGAAUCCACGGAGCAGGCCAACAUGCUGCGCUCUCAGAUAGACAUGAAGGAGAACAGGAUUAAGGAGCUGGAGGCCGAGCUCACCAUGGCCAAGCAGUCUCUGGCCACGCUGACGAAGGACGUCCCCAAGCGUCACUCGCUGGUGGUGCAGCCGGAGCCGCUGGUGAACGGCAGUCAGGAGUGGGUGAUGCAGGCCGACCUGCCGCUCACCGCCGCCAUCCGUCAGAGCCAGCAGACGCUCUACCACGGACACAACGCUGACCGGCAGGCUGUGGUCAGGAUCAGCCCCUGCCACACUCGCCAGCCGUCUGUGAUCUCCGACGCCUCAGCAGCUGACGGGGACCGCUCGUCCACGCCCAGCGACAUCAACUCGCCUCGUCAUCGGACGCACUCCCUCUGUAACUCCAUGGAAGACCUAGAAGACCAGAAGCGUAAGAAGAAGAAGGACAAGAUGACUCUGGGAUCUCUGUCACGGGUUUUCACCCGAGGAAAGCAGCGCAAGUCACUGGACCCCGGCUUGUUUGAUGACUCUGACACACAGCACAGCCUGUCGGACGGGGAGGAGCAGCUGGACCGCCUCCAGCAGGCGGAGCUCAGCCGCACCACCUGCAUGUCCCACUGGAGGGCGGGGGCCGUCCAGGCCUGGAUGGAGGUGGUCAUGGGGAUGCCCAUGUACAUCCGAGCCUGCUCAGAAAAUGUCAAAAGUGGAAAGGUGCUGCUGAGCCUGACGGAUGAGGAUUUAGAGCUGGGUCUGGGUAUCGGUAAUCAAAUUCACCGCAGGAAAGUUAGGCUGGCCAUUGAGGAUUACAGGAGAGCCGAGGGGGAGCAGGGACUUUCUAAAGCAUCAGAGCUGGACCAUCAUUGGGUCUCGACGUCGUGGCUGAGUGACGUCGGUCUGCCUCAGUACUCCCAAACCUUCCAGACCAACUUAGUGGACGGUCGGGUCCUGAACUCGCUCAGCCGCAGAGACCUGGAGAGAUUCCUGAACAUUGGCGACCAUUUCCACCAGACCAGUCUGCUUCUGGCUAUCCAGCUCCUGCAGAUGCUCAGCUUCGACAAAGAGGCCCUGCAAUUACGGCGCUUAAAAUGUGAGCAUGAAAACCGGGACCCGCUCGUCUGGACGUGUCACAGAGUGAUGAAGUGGAUCAAGGACAUAGACCUCAAGGAGUUUGCAGAAAACCUUCAGGGAAAAGGCAUUCAUGGUGCAGUAAUCGCCCUGGACCAGUCCUUCGACACAGAGGCCUUGGCCAAUGCUCUGGGAAUCCCCAGCAACAAACACAUGCUGCACAGACACCUGUAUGAAGAAAUGAAGUCACUCUCCGCCCCUCUCAGCAACACAGAGCAGGGCUCUGAGGUUAUCAGCUCUUCUUCACCUGUGGUUGUUAACCGCUUUGCUGAUGAAAGGUCGUCCAUCAGGAGAUUAGGAAAGAGUCCGCUGAGGUUACGCGCAGAAAGUCACUCCGUGGAGCGCGGCCUUGGUUUCCAUGGCAACUGCGGCUCUCUGCCCAGAGAGGCCAGAGUUCACGCUGUUCCCCGCGCCAAAGGAAGCCCCAUGCACACCUUCAAGAGCGUCGAAAUCACCAACGUGUGAAGGAGCCGUGGAGAUGUUCUCUGUUUACACUGUCAGCUCUACAGCGUUGGAGCUUUUUUAAAGGUUUAGCCAACGCUACUCUGUAGAUCAGAUCCACUUCUGGAGACGGGAAUAAUGCACCUCAAUGACCUGAUGUAGCUGUUGUACAUUAAUGAAUUGUCUAAAGUCAUUUUUGUUUUUUAAGUUAUAGUUUUUUGAUUGAGGUUUAUAUGUAAUUAAUAAAAACAAGCAGAGAACAAAAAAUAAAACUCAAAACUGCACUCAGUGCCCCUGUGAUGCCUUAUGUAAAAAGUCUCAUGAUCUCAGUGCUUCUGUCUACUUCUUUAUGUGAACUGAGGUAUGUUGUUUUGUUCACAUAAAACUUGUACAUGUUUUUACAUUUAUAGAUCAGAACAAAAUGUUAAGGACUUUUGCACUGGGUUGAUUAUACUGUUUAAAAGUCUGUUUAUUUCUCUUAUGGUGCCACGUUUGCUAGAAAAAUUAAUUUGUGGAUUGAGCAGCGGAGUUGAGUAUGAAGACCCCUGAAAACUUGCCAUAUCCUCCCUCACAAUGCCAAUCCUAUUUAUUGCAUAUGAUCAUUGAAGUUUGGGAAAACCAUGAAACAUGCCAAAUUAAUAGCUUAUUCUUACACUGCAGUGGGAUGCCUUCCUAUUCUUCAACAAGGAUUUGUUUUGGGCAUGAACCCAAAUCAAACCCAAUUCAGUUCAGUUUAUUUACAGCAUGUAGCAGAAAGUCACAAAAAGAGAGUUCAGUCUAAUCAUACAGAGAGAUUCCAAUUGAUCCUAGUUACCAAACAAUACAUUAAUUUCAGUUCAUUAUUCAAAUUAGUUUUAAAGGUUUCUGUCUAAGGAAACCAAGUUGAAUAUAUUGAGUCACUGACUUGCACCAUUCACUCCUCUUAGACCAACAUGUAGCGACAGUAGACAGUCAUUCACAUUGUGUCGCAAUCUCUCAUGCCGAGCAUGCAUGUAGCGACAGUGGAGAGAAAAAACUCCCCUUUAACCACCAUGACUGACUGGCUUGUGUGAAAAUACAGAGCAUACACACAAAAAAGAUACAAGCACUGAUUGAGGAGUACUUUCUACAUCUGAGAAAAGUAAAAAGUUAAAGGAAGUAGUAGCUUUUUAGUGGCUUCAUCUGGGAGGAAAACAAGUCCCAACACAUAAGAUCUGAGUCGGUUUUAAUUUAAUUUAAAAGCUAAAGCUCACUCAAUAGCAUUGUCUAGGAGAGAGACAGAGUUAAACACUGAAAGACGGGCAGGUUUAUCAUCUAUAGAGAAUGUUUAAGUGUUGGCAGCAAUAUCUCAGCCAAAUAGAGCGCCAGACCAGGUGUAGCGUCUAUGAAAAGUGAAAAACUGAGAGAAAACAUGAAGCUAAAAGCUGAAUUAAUGGCAAAUAGUGUAAAAUUGGAGAGUAGUAGGAGAAUGUAGCAGCUAGAAUAAUGAAAUGUAGUAAUUACUGCAUGUCUUCCAGCAGCCUAACCCUAUAGUAUCAUACCUAGAGAGAUAGUUUGGGGAAACCUAAGUUGCUCUAAAUAUAAGCUUUAUCAAAAAGGAAUGUUUUACACUUGGAAAAUUAAGCCUUUAAACAAACAAUCUGUCUACUUUUAAGUAGAUAUAGAGACUAAACUAGAGACUAGCCUGAUAACUAAAAGAUCUGGCUCCCAUUUCACUGCACUGAAUAACCUGAAGUUCUCCAUGGAGUAGAAGUUUAAAAUGCAGGCUGUUUCAUACUCUCCUCUGACAAAUUUUGGAAGUAGAGUCCAAAAACCUGGCUCUGUUGGGGUGAGCAUUAGACUUCACUUCCUUGGAGAGGAGAUUCACCGGGCAAUUGAUGACAAACAUUGUUUUUUAAUUGAGGGAGGUCAUCAUACUGCUUCUGAUUGAACCGUCAUACUUUAAACCAACAAAUGUAGAACAUGAGAGAAAAAAAGUCUUAGCAUGUAAUGUAGGCUGUAUUUACACUGCAGCCUGAAGUGACACAAUUCCCUUUUCUCUUCUUUUUUUUGCUUUAAUGUGACCUGUAUCUGAUAUUAUAAUGACUGUCUUAACAACACAGAUCGGGUUUUUUUAAUACUUCUCAGGCCACUUGGAUUUCCGAUUAUCUUUUUAAAUGUGACCUGAAUCUGAACGUCAUCCGCAAACGUCACUAUUCUGCGACAUGAUACGCGCCAGAAGGGAGAAAAAAACAACAACUUUGGCUUUGGCAGACAAUAAUGAGGAUUAAGUUGUUAACAUGAUGGCUCCGGUCGGUUUCAGAUGUAAGGUUCAAGAUUUUAACAACUUUAAAAUCGUAAGUUAUGCUCCACCGUUAGCGUACACGUUUACUUCCGCAAACACUGAGCACGCUAUGUGUGACGUCAUUGGGCCCUCUGCUGCGCAAGCGGCGCACUUUCAUUUGCAGUUCACAUCAUGUGACCUGAAUGUCAUUGAUACUCGAUUGAUAGGAACAAAACAACAACCAUGGCGGACGAGGAUUAAUGAGGAUUAAGUUGUGAAUGUGCUGGUUCCGAUCGGACAACUUUAAUAUGUAAACUAUGCUCCACCAUCAGCAUCCAUGUUGCAUCUGUGUGUGAUGUUAUUGCGCCCCCUACUGCGCAUCCGGGGCACUUUUAGGUCGUUUGCAGUUGAGAUCUGAGAUCACGUACAGGUCGUAUAUAUUUGAAGUGUGAACGACCACCGCACCAAAAAAGCAAAAAAAAAAAAAA